AUGCAGUUAGCCCCGAGUGUCAGUUUGUGCGCGUGCGAGAUGCAGUUGAUGCGCGGCGCGUCCGCAGCGCGGAUCACACGCGUAUCUCUGCGGAGGAUCCUGCUGCUUAACUGCUUUUCUUUUGUAAUGGAGACGACCAGAGUGUGUGAGCUGGACGUGGCCUCGAGGAGGGUUGUAGGAGGCAGUCACUCCUCUCCUGAACUGGACAGCCCCUGUCAAGUGGAGGCUGAUUUUGGUUCCUGCUGCGCUGAGGAGGAGAGAGGAGAGACUCCUGGGAGAGAAGACAGUCCCACGGAGCUUGGAGACACAGACAUGGACCCUGGAGGGAAGGAGGUGGUGUUGUUGAUGCAGGCUCUGAAUUCUCUGGACACUCCUGAAGAGAAACUGGCCGCUCUGUGCAAGAAGUAUGCAGAUCUGCUGGAGGAGAGUCGCUCCAUGCAGAAGAGACUGAAGGCCCUACAGAAGAAGCAGGCCCAGAUCGUCAAGGAGAAGAUUCACCUCCAGGCAGAGCACAGCAAGGCAAUCCUGGCACGCAGCAAACUGGAGAGUCUGUGCCGGGAGCAGCAGCGCCACAACAAGACCCUCAAGGAGGACAAUGCCCAGCGGUCCCGGGAGUAUGAUGAGCAGAGGAAGGAGGCCAUGCUACACUUUCAGUCCACGCUUGGCGACAUCGAGGCGCAGAUGGAGACUCACAGUUCACGGAACUCAAAACUGCGACAGGAAAACAUGGAGCUGGUGGAGAAGCUCAAGAAACUCAUCGAGCAGUAUGAGCUCCGAGAGGAGCACAUGGACAAAGUGUUUAAACACAAGGAGCUCCAGCAGCAGCUGUUGGACGCCAAGCUCCUGCGGAUCACAGAGAUGAUGAAGGAGGUGGAAGAGAAGCAGCAGAGGGAGCGUGAGAUGCUGCUGAAGAAUGCCACACACUCUAGACGGAAGUGUGAACAGAUGAAAGAGCAGGAGACGCAGCUCAAACAACAGCUCUCUCUGUACAUGGACAAGUUUGAGGAGUUUCAGACCACUCUGGCAAAAAGCAAUGAAGUCUUCACCACAUUCCGACAAGAGAUGGAGAAGAUGACGAAGAAGAUAAAGAAGUUGGAGAAGGAGACUACUCAGUGGAGGAGCAAAUGGGAGAACAACAACCAGGCUCUGCUGCAGAUGGCUGAGGAGAAAACGUUGCGUGACGGUCACUUCAAGGCUCUGCAGGGGAAACUGGAGCUGCUAGAGCGUCUGUGUCGCGCUCUGCAGAAGGAACGCAACGAUCUGAACAACCGCCUCGGCCUGCUUCAAGACCAGGAAGCAGAGGAGGGACCAGGAGAAGACCAGGGGCCAGGGGAGGUUCAGGAACCGGGAGAACACCUGGCACCGGACCAGGGACCAGGGGAAGAUCAGGAGCCAGAAGAGGAGCCAGGACCAAAUCAGGGGUUGGAAGACCAGAUUCCAGGGAAGAACCAGGAUCAGGGGCAGGAUCAGGGUCCAGAGGAGGGACCCAGACCUCCGGAUGUGGACCACAGCAGUAGAACGUCAGACGGAAAAUCAACAACAGAUAAUACUGCAGCAGAGCUAAACUCACAAUCUACAUCGGACUAA